ACCAUCUACACAUUUAACAAAUGCCCACCAUUUUUUGCUUCAUCGGAUUCACCUUCGUCACCAUUUUCAGCAUGGCCUGUGUGGCUGAAGCUGUGGGUGUGAACUGGGGCACCAUGGCUUCACACCCACUGCCACCCCCAAAUGUGGUGAAGCUCUUGAAGUCCAACAACAUCAACAAAGUCAAGCUCUUUGAUGCCAACUCUGAUGUUCUUCAAGCUCUUUCUGGGUCAAACGUUGUUGUCACUGUGGGUAUUCCUAACACUAUGCUCAGAAGCUUGAACUCUUCCAAGAAGGCUGCUGAUAGUUGGGUCCAUGAUAAUGUUACCCGCUAUAUAUCUAAUGGGGGCAGUGGAACUCGAAUUGAACAUGUUGCUGUUGGUGAUGAGCCGUUUCUUAAAAGUUAUGGUGAACAAUUUCAUCCCUACAUAAUUGGAGCUGCUAUGAACAUUCAAGCAGCUUUAAAGAGAGCAAAAUUGGACAGCAAAGUGAAAGUUGUGGUUCCAUGCAGCUUUGACAGUUUUGAGUCAGGAUCUAACUUGUCAUCUGAAGUGCAUUUGAGGGCUGACCUCAACAAAACCAUGAUUGAGCUCCUCACAUUUCUUGACAAGCAUGGAUCACCUUUCUUUGUGACCAUUUCUCCAUUCAUAACCCUCCUUCAAACCAAAAACAUUUCACUGGACUUUACCCUCUUUAAAGAAACUGCACGCCCCCAUAAUUUUAACCACAAAACAUACAAAAAUAGCUUUGACUUGAGCUACGAUACAGUGGUAACUGUAUUAUCGAAACUAGGAUUUCCUAAUAUGGACAUUGUUGUGGCAAAGAUUGGUUGGCCAACUGAUGGAGCUGCCAAUGCAAGCUCAUAUCUUGCAGAAACCUUCAUGAAAGGCCUUAUAAACCACCUUGAUAGCAACUCGGGGACCCCACUUAGACCACGUCAGCCUCCACUCGAAACAUAUAUUUUAAGCCUUCUUGACGAGGACCAAAGGAGCAUUGCUUCUGGAAACUUUGAAAGACAUUGGGGUUUGUUCACUUUUGAUGGCCAAGCAAAGUACCAUGUGGAUAUUGGCCAGGGUUCAAAGGGCCUUGUGAAUGCACAAAAUGUUGAGUAUCUUUCUUCUAAGUGGUGUGUUGUGAACAACAAUAAAGACUUGUCUAAUGCAACUGCCAGUGCUUUAGAGGCUUGUGCAAAUGCUGAUUGUACAGCACUAUCUGCUGGUGGAUCUUGCUUUAACAUCAGCUGGCCUAGUAACGUAUCAUAUGCUUUUAAUAGUUAUUAUCAGCAGCAUGAUCAGAGAGCUGAAAGCUGUGACUUUGGGGGUUUAGGUUUAAUCACAACUGUUGAUCCGUCCUUGGAUCAUUGCAGAUUUCCAAUUGAGAUUGGCACUUCUCAUGCCGAAUUUCACAGGGUGUUUAAUUUCCAGUUAAUGAUUUUACUAGUAACAACUCUCUUGGCAUCUUUAGCAGUUUGACAUAGGUAAAGAAGAGGAUCAUUUUUGCAGCUCCCACCCUGCUACAAUUUUGUUAUAGAUGUCUAUUGCUGAAUUAAAAUUGUU